CUGACCAUGUGAUAGGAAAUAAAGUAAUGUGUAGAAAUAACGUAGAAAUUGAAGCAACGUCUCAUAUAUUCAUUUAUUAACGCGGCACCAAAAAAAAUAAAAUAAAAAUCAUUAUCGUGGGUCGUUAAUUAUUUGAUCGAUAAUAAAUUAACAUAAUGUAACGUACAACUAAACUUCAGGUUUUUAUGUUUACGACUACUAGUGCUUGUAAGAAUUAACUGCAUAAUGUUCAAGACGUUGCCAUAUGCUAUCUUAGACUUUGAACUCAAAGCCCAUUCAAUAAACUUCUCGAAAAGCUUGAAAUCAGCAAAAAAAGUAAGAUUUGACAGUCAGAAGGUCUCUUAAUACCUUUAGCAAACGUUCACCAUGCCACCAAUAAAGAACAGCAGUGUGAAAAGACCAAAGCUAGACUGGAGGUUUGUCCAAAGAUUUUGUAAAAUUCUGAAGAUCCUUUUCCCAUCCUGGUCCAACCAAAGUGUCCGAAUGUUCCUGACGCUUCUAGCAGUCACGCUUUCGGUUCAGCUUGUGAUUUAUCAAGUGGGUCUUGUUCCGAGUCAGUUCUAUGAGGUUCUGUCUGAGAAGAACUAUGGGAAGUUCAAAAAUCUAGUGCUGUUUGCGGUUAUGCUUAUUCUGAUUAAUUCAACGCUGAAAAGUCUGGACCAGUACAUCUCCAGUCUGCUGUAUGUCAGCUGGAGAAAGUCUUUGACUGAAGAACUCCAUAGCACAUACUUCAAGGGACGCGUUUACUACACCCUCAACAUACUGUGCAAAGACAUCGACAACCCAGACCAGCGCAUCAGUCAGGACGUGGAGAGGCUAUGUAAGCAGAUGAGCACUAUGGCGAGUCGACUUCUAAUUUCGCCGUUUACUGUGACCUACUACACCUAUCAGUGCUUCAACAGCGCUGGCUGGAUUGGAUUUGUAAGCAUCUUUGGCUACUUUGUGGUUGGAACCAUCAUCAACAAGAUAUUGAUAGGACCCAUCGUGUCCAUGCUGGUUGAGCAGGAAAAGCUGGAGGGUCCUUUAAGGUUUAAACACAUGCAAAUUAGAGUGAAUGCAGAGUCUGCUGCUUUCUACAGGGCAGGUAAGGUGGAACACAUUCGGACUGACAGAAGGCUGCAGAUGCUCUUAUCCACUCAGAGAAACUUGAUGAACAAAGAGCUACGGCUUUACAUUGGAGUAAACACCUUUGACUACCUGGGCAGUAUCCUCAGCUAUAUAGUGAUUGCGAUCCCCAUUUUUGCUGGGGAUUAUGACGGCCUGACACCUGGAGAACUGAGUGCUCUUGUCAGCAAGAAUGCUUUCGUCUGCAUAUAUUUGAUAAACUGCUUCACCCAGCUCAUAGAUCUCUCGACCACUGUGUCUGAUGUUGCUGGAUACACGCAUCGGAUUGGAGAACUGCAGGAAGUAAUGGCAGACAUUGACAAGAAACAGUGUGACCAGGAUCAGUAUGAACCACUUUCAAAGGAUGAACCUUACAGUGGUCAGGAGCUUCACAAUGUCCCAGCAGACACGGCGUUUGUGCUGGAUCGUCUCUCUUAUAAAUCACCCGUCUCAGAAGAGCUGCUUGUGAAAGAUCUGACCCUUAAGAUCAGUCAAGGAACGCACAUGCUCGUGGUUGGAAACACGGGAACAGGGAAGACCUCACUGCUCCGGGUCCUCAACGAUUUGUGGGAACCAUGCAAUGGUUCUGUGGAGAUGACCACAUGUUUUGGACCGAGGGGUGUGCUUUUCCUGCCACAGAGAGCAUAUCUUACUGAUGGCACUCUCAGAGAGCAGGUUAUCUAUCCAUUAAAGGAUAUAUAUCCAUCCUCAGGAUCUAUAGAUGAUGAACGAAUACUAAAAUACCUGGAACUUGUUGGUUUGUCGAAUCUUCUGACCAGAAUAGGAGGAUUGGAUACAAAAGUAGAUUGGAACUGGUAUGAUGUUUUAUCGCCGGGAGAAAUGCAGAGGCUUUGUUUUGCUAGACUGUUUUACCUGCAGCCCAAAUAUGCAGUACUGGAUGAGGCCACUAGCGCUCUGACGGAGGAGGCCGAGGGUCAGCUCUAUAAGGCCUGUAAACAGCUGGGAAUGACCCUCAUCAGUCUGGGUCACCGUAGCACUCUGGAAAAGCAUCAUGAUGUCAUGCUGCGACUGCGCGGAGGUGGCCAAUGGGAGCUCACCAAACUCAAAGAAGCUUGAAUCUUCAAACCUAUAAUGAGAAAAUAUUGGCCUGUUUUGUAGUUAUGGGUGCAUUCAAUCUUGAGACUGAGAAAUCUUGACAGUACACUGCGAUUUACUGAAGUUUUUGAUACACUAAUGCAGUCUCAAAUUACUUUUUCAUUUAGCAAUAUGUUUUUAUUAUGCAAGUAUAUGCUGCUUUAUUCAAACUGUUCCUUGCCAAAUAUAUUUGUAAAAAAAAAAAGGGAUUUUUACAAUGAAGGACAUUAAAGAGUAUUUCAAGAAUCAUUUUGGAUGAAGUACCUAUAGAACAAUAAUAUAUUCAAAUAUAUAUUUUGUAAAUAUGAAAUAUUUUAUUAACAUGGCUGAUUUUAAACUUAUAACAUCCAAGCAAAUGUUACUGGUCAAAGAAACGUUUUAUGAUAAGAUGUUUACUCAAGUGUUUGGCUGCACAUUAUUCUGGAAGGAAAAUAAAAAGGCAUGUAAUUUGUUUGCCUGGCCAGUAGAGGGCCAACAUUUUCCA